UAUUUAAAUCUCCGAAACCCUCUGGUCUCCAUUUAUUUAUGACCGAAAGCAAAAUAAAGUUAAUUCCAGAACAAAGUUGUCUUUUUCAAGUUAAGUGAAGACGAUUGAACCAGAACCUUGGAUAAAAGGACGCCUUCUCCCCCUCCUUUCUCCACUCCCACUCUUCCCCAUUAAGCAACACGCUCCACUCCACUCCUUCAACACAGAAAAGAGAGAGAGAGAGAGAGUGAGUGAUGGUUGGAACGUUGGAGAAAAGCAAAUGGGUCUCGCUCUUACUCUGUCUCUUUACUCAUCAGCUGGCUGGAACCGUGGCUGAAGAUGGCCUGGUCACAAAUGGCGACUUCGAGACACCCCCGUCGGGCGGCUUUGCAAGUGACGGGCUGUCGGCCGGCGCAGCAGCUAUCCCUGGGUGGAAGACGAAUGGCACCGUUGAGCUGGUGGAGUCGGGGCAGAAGCAGGGCGGGAUGAUCCUCAUUGUGCCGGAGGGCACGCACGCGGCGAGGCUGGGCAACGAUGCCGAGAUCAGCCAGGAGCUGACGGUGGAGAAGGGGUCGAUUUACUCGGUCACGUUCAGCGCGGCGCGCACUUGCGCGCAGCUGGAGUCGUUGAACGUGUCAGUCCCGCCAUCGGCGUCGCAGACCAUCGACCUGCAGACGCUGUACAGCGUGCAGGGGUGGGACCCGUACGCAUGGGCCUUCGAGGCUUUGGACGACAAGGUGACGCUGGCAUUCAGGAACCCCGGGAUGGAGGACGACCCAACGUGUGGGCCCAUCAUCGACGACAUUGCGAUCAAGAAGCUUUUCACUCCCGAUCAGCCUAAAGAUAAUGCUGUGAUAAAUGGUGACCUAGAAGAAGGUCCGUGGAUGUUCCGGAACACAUCUCUCGGGGUGUUACUCCCCACCAACCUUGACGAGGAUACCUCUUCCCUACCUGGCUGGAACGUUGAGUCCAACCGUGCUGUACGUUACAUCGACAUCUACCAUUUCUCAGUUCAAGGAAAGCGAGCUAUCGAGCUCCUUUCGGGAAAGGAAGGUAUAAUCUCCCAAAUGGUCGAGACGAAGCCCGAGAAAGAUUACACCUUAUCGUUCGCCUUGGGCCAUGCUGGUGACAAGUGCAAACAGCCGCUUGCCGUGAUGGCACAUGCCGGGGAUCAAGCCGAGAACAUCCAUUACACCCCGAAUUCGAACUCGACAUUCCAAACCGCGAGUGUUAACUUCACAGCCAAGGCCGAGAGGACACGAAUCGCGUUCUACAGCGUGUACUACAACACGAGGAGCGAUGACAUGAGCUCGCUUUGUGGGCCCGUUGUUGACGAUGUGCGGGUGUGGUUUUCGCGGGCCGGCAGGAAUGCGAAUACUGGAUUCCUUUUGCCUGCGGCGCUUGGAUGGUGGGUGCUUCUUCUGAUCUUUGCUUAAGUUUGAUUGGGUAGUUUGCGGCGGGUGAACUCGCGGCGAUGGCUGGUAAAGGUAAUGCGGGGUUUUGGUGAAACCGAAUUCCCCGGUUUAAAUGUUGUAUGCGAGUAUCUUUGUCUAAGUUAUGCAGGUAACACGUAUUACGAUACUCUUCAGCAGAGCCUAGAGCUCGAGCAGUGAUAGGACUCGGUUUUGCUAUGCGUUGGCUGGUUGCUCUUCCUAUGUUGAUGACUGAAAUUGCAAGCUGAGAUCAUUGUGAAUUUUUGCAGUGUCCCUCUUUCUUUAAAUCGAGCUUUGUAUCCAUGUUUACUUUAGUCAUCAAAAUCAUGUUUACUUUAGU